AUGAUCACCCAAGUUCUCUUGAUCCUAAUGCCCUGGACUCCCGACCCUGCCUGGGUGUCCAGUCUGGAGAAUGUCAGCCCAGGCAUCCAAGUGCACAGUUACAAGAUCGACGCUUGGGCAACUGAAGUCCCCAAAGAUAUUCCUCCCGAGAUUUGGAAUAGGGCGACUGUUCUAUUCACGUGGAAGGUGUUCCCGACAAAAGAACUGGCCCCGAACCUGCAGUACAUCCAGCUGCUAAGUGCUGGGUGUAACCAUCUCUUUGGGAAUCCGUUGUUUGAAGAGACGGAUAUUGCGUUCUGUACUUCGAAUGGGGUGCAUCCGCCGCAAAUUACCGAGUGGGUGUUUUCGACGUUUUUGGCCUUUCAGCAUCAUCUUCCGGAACACUUGGAGAACCAGAAACUCCGCAAAUGGGUUGAUCCUCUGUCUGACGAGGACACCGAAGACGCCGUCGGGCUGAGAGCUGGAAUCUUCGGCUAUGGCUGCAUCGGUCGACAGUGCGCCAGAGUCGCGAAAGCAUUCGGCAUGGACGUGUAUGCAUAUACCCUGCAUGAGCGAGCAACGCCUGAGUCUCGAAAAGAUGAUUCCUUUUCUGAACCUGGUCUUGGGGAUCCCGAAGGAGAGUUUCCCACGAAGUGGUUCCACGGCCCGGAGCAACUGAACAGUUUCCUGGCUUCCGGCCUCGACCUAUUAAUAAUCACUCUUCCAUUGACCCAAAAAACAAGGGGAAUGAUCUCGAAAGAGCAGUUUGCUUUGCUGAGCAAGAAGAAAGCUUUUGUUAGCAACGUUGGCAGAGGUGCUAUCGUCAAUACUGACGAUCUCGUCGCCGCCCUCGAUGAGAGUCAAAUUAGAGGCGCUGCCCUUGACGUGACAGACCCCGAACCACUGCCAGCUGAUCAUAAGCUAUGGGGAUACAAGAAUGCCAUCAUUACGCCCCAUUGCAGCGGCAAUUCAAACCACUAUAACGAGCGGGCCUGCAAGAUCUUGAGAUACAAUCUUGAGAGGCGUUUUAAGGGCGAGGAGGUUGUCAAUCGAGUUAGUAAGGAGCUAGGAUAUUAG